CUUAAACGUCUUAAUGAGAUUUCAGCCCAUGUCUACUACAACUAUUGAUAACAACUACGGCUCUGGUUCAUUACCAGAACUACGUGCGACAUUGCUGCCACUGGGAAGAAAGAAAGAGGAGACUGUGUGUGAGGUGCACUGCUUUUAACGAUGGACUAUUAACCAAAAGAGCAGCUGCAGGAUAAACACCUGUGGACCUUAGUCAUCCUACCAUGGAGGGCUCCAGUGCUAGGAAAAGGCCAGCAUUUGGACACAACAAAAAAGAGAGUCAUUUGUUUGUGACCCAUCCGUAUUCAACAAACAGCGACAGUGCAGAGCUGAGUCAGCCAAGGAAGCUGAAUGGAUCUAUUGUGGAGACUCCCAGCCACCAGGAUCUACACAGAGAGCUUCUGCUCAGUCACAAAAGAGGCCUGGUGCUUGAGGAGAAGCCUGAGCUGAAGAGAGUGCUGGAGCAGAGGAGACUGGAGCUCACCAGAGAGGAGGAGCAGGCUCAGCGCAGGCCCUCAGACCUGGAGAAGGAGCUCCGCAAGAGGCAGCAGAAGCUGCAAGAGUAUGAGCAGGAGGAGAUCAGGAGGCGGGAGGACCAGGAGAAGAUCCCUGAGUUUGUCGUGGUGAGGAGAAAACUGCGGCGCACCAAAACAGCUGACCUCUCGGGUGUGAUGGAGCCCACCAAUCCCUGAAGCCUCUCCCCAACCACAGCAGGCCUGUAGUCACCUUACCGCCCAGCCUGGAACAGUCGGAGGCUGGUGUUGCUAUUGAAAAGUAUUUGAUAGAGAAUGAAUUGUAACGCACACCAUGCAGGAUCUUCAUAUUUAGGGGAUGUUGUAAUUAGAGGAUGGAUACAUGUAUGAUUUACUUAAAUCCUCUCGAUUAUGGUAGUAUCCCAUUUUUAUUUUCUGAUGAUGGCUUGAUGGUGUUACUUCCGUUAGGUGUUAUGCAUACUAUAUUUUAGAUGUUUAUUAUCAAUGGUGUCUUAUGGUGUUUCUUGGUUUAUGGCAGUGGGGUACUGCUGUUUUGUUUGUUUCUUGCAAGGGUCAUGUUAUUGCAAUGUAUGCUGAAUUUGUAACUUCUAACUCUGCUUAAUGACAGAGGCCAAGUCUUUGAACGAGCAUUGUAUGAAAAUUCCAACGAAAUAAACGUUGUUCUUUGUAUGUGUGA